CAUAAACCAACCUCUGAAAUCGUUGAUGAGAAAUCUAACAGAGAAUCUCCAGAUAGUACUAUUGAAUUUUCAGUGUCAAGGUGUUAUCAUCCAUCAACAACUCAAAGAUGCCUAAAUUACUCUAUCCCACCUCGUUGAAGCUUGACGUCAACAGUCUCCAAGGAUUCUCAGUGGACCUCCAAGCCUACGAUGUGAAGAAGCUCAUUCCAGAAGAGCACACAGACGCUGACUUUCUUGUCACAUGGGUCAACAGUCCCGAAAACCUCAAAGAUGCAGCCUCUCGUCUUCGAAACUUGAAAUGGAUCCAAGGCCUGGCAGCCGGACCGAACGAUGUACUAAAUGCAGGGUUCAAUUCCAACAUCAUCGUCACCACCGGCUCUGGUCUUCAUGACCAUACUGUUGCGGAACAUACCCUUGGACUACUUCUCGCCAGUGCUCGUCGUUUUCACGAGAUGCGCGACUCUCAACUCAAGGGCAAGUGGCCAGGCCAUCUAGGCGGUGCCCAACCAGAUCGACCUGCUGGAGCCUUUACGACAUUACGCGAUGCCAAUGUCCUGAUCUGGGGCUUCGGCAACAUUGCGAAGAAGCUCGCUCCGUGGCUAACUGCCCUGGGGGCCCAUGUUCGGGGCGUUGCUAGAAACUCGGGUGUACGCGAUGGUGUUGAAGUCUACAGCGAGGACAAGUUACCUGAGCUACUACCACAGACCGAUGCACUGGUCAUGAUUCUACCUGGCUCGGAAAGCACCAAGGAUGCUCUUUCCGCCGAGCGCUUGAAAAUGCUUCCCAAGCAUGCCUGGGUAGUUAAUGUGGGCCGGGGGACUUCUGUGGAUGAGGACGCACUUGUUGCUGCUCUGGAGAAAGGUGAACUUGGUGGCGCUGCUCUCGAUGUCUUCAAGACGGAGCCAUUGCCAGAGUCCAGCACAUUAUGGAAUGCACCCAAUGUUAUCAUCUCUCCUCAUGCUGCCGGUGGCCGACCACAAGACGCAGAAGCAUUGAUUGCAUACAACCUGCGACGAUUUCUAGCCGGCCAGGAUCUCAAGAAUGUGAUAUGACCAGAUUAUCCCCUGGCACUGGCAACGACGUCACAAUUUCCCAUAACCACUAGCUCGAUAAUUCCGCUUGGUUGUUGGUAGACCUAAGACAAGAGGACUCUAGCGUGAUAAGUGCAAAGGAGAAUUCUCGACAAGCAUGAAAAUGACAACAUUUCCAGCCUGACGCCUGGAACUAUUUCCGCUACGCUGUGCCAAAUAU